AUGCUUCCAAUAGAAAAAGAAAAUUCAAGAGUUGCUACAACUAAACCAUUAGAUGAACUUUUUACUAAUGUCGGUCAAAAGUUUGAGACAGAGACCGUAAAGCAUGAAGGCUAUCGUUUUGACUACCCAUUAAGAUGGCUAAGAGACCCAUCUGUCACAAAAGCUAUUGGCUUUCGUAGAAUGAAGUUUGUGUCUGUAGAAGAUAAAAGUUUUCCAUUUAUUGUAAGGUUUCAUAUAGAUUAUAUAUCUGAAGGGAAACGAAAAAUGUGGGAAGAAAUUGAGCUAAUACAAGUUGACCUUUCAUCUUCUCUACAGACUGCGUUAAAAAAUAUAGAAGAUAAAAUAAAUUCAUGUUAUGCAAAAUAUGCUGAUGAAUAUGCAAAUACCGAGAGCACACUUUAUGUGAGAAUUGUAUAUGACAAACAAAAUUCACAAGUGUCAUUUCAAAUCUACGAAGACAAUCCAAAGAAAGACGAACAAAUAUA